AUGACAACUUGGAAAAUAGAACCCUGCUCCGUUAAAGAUGCCGCCGCUCUGGCGCGGAACAACAUGGCCGCCUUCUGGGAGGAUCCAAACUGGAUCACCCUAUGGCCGAAAGAUAUGAAACGGGAGUUUAUCAUCGAACAAUCGGCAAAGCGACAGCCGCGUAAUCUUCUGCGCGACCGCGAGAAAGUACGACAUCAGAAGGCUGUAGACCCCAUACUUCCGCCCGGGCACCGGACCGCAGAGAAUGGCAGUCCUGCGUGGGCCGAGGCACAGGUACCGGAUGUUAGUGAAGAUGAGAAAAAGCGGUACCAGGAACUGGCUGAAUCGGCCUGGUGGAGUCCGAGAGAGGACAUGGACAGCCUUGACGAUAAGAAUCACGUUGUAAUGGACCGCAUCUUGGCGGAGAAACCGUAUAUCAGACUUGACUAUCUGGCUGUUCACCCGGAGAACAAGGGAAAAGGAAUCGGCACAGCCCUGGUUGCAAAUGGAAUUAAACAUGCUGAACAUGCUAGAGUCCCCAUUUUUACUUUGGCUUUCAAGGCAGGACGCGGGGUUUAUGCGAGACUUGGCUUUCAAGAAGUCGAUAGAAUUAUUCAGGAUGAUUCGAAGUAUGGUGGACCUGGUGAAUAUGCAGCGUACUUCAUGAUAUAUGAUGUCCCUGGGGAUGUGUGA